AUGUUUUCGCGGGUGUUUCGACGAGGCCGAAGUGAACAAGUCAACGGUGACUGCACUGCACAUAACAGCGAUGAUGCUUGCCAAUUUGAAGGCAACGCGCCAGCUGCUGCUCGUGCCCGUCAAAAAGAGAGAGCGAGCAAUUCACGGCCACAUGAUGCAUCCGAUUAUGAAAUAAAGAAUGGCCAUUCCUGUUCUAGAGAGCUGCACAAAAAGCGCUGCAGCAAAGAUCUGUCGGAACCAGCAUCGCGCUCAAAUGGGACUUCACCCGCAGGCAGUGCCGCUUCAAACAGCUACGCGGCACUUGCAGGGCGCAUACGCUGGCAAAGUUCAGGCUACAAUCUUGAGGAUAUGAGCUCCAGCGCGGAUAAGAGCCGCCGUAAUUUAUACUGUGCUGCUUGUGGUGAGCUUGGGGGGGCUCUGUUGUGCCACGAGUGCAGUCCACGGCCUGAUGCUUUCCUUCUUCAUUACAGAAGGUCAUACAUGUACAAGGCUUUGGAUGUACUUUUGAGCAUAGCCGAAUUUUUUGGCCUUCAGCUCCGUCGAGCAUGGUUUUUGUUGCGGAGGUACUUGUUCACUGGCGCCGAAAAAUCACAGCCAAGUGCCGCUGUGCAUGAAAAAGCCGACGCUUGCGCUUUAAGCAAAAGUUCCCUGCCUCAAGGAAGCGCAAGCAUAAGCCGUCGAAGACGUUUGGCAGGCGACGCCCAAAGCAAAAACUUACGAGGAACUGAUUGUGUCCAGGCACGGCAACACCAACAAGAAGACACUCUGCUAACUCGAUCUAGAGACACUGCUGAGAGGGCUCAGUCGUCUCCAAAGCAAAACGAGCCACAGAAGCUUCAGCUGCACAGCCCUACAAACGUCACCCACACGUUUUGGGCCAUGGUAAACUUUGUGGAAGAUAUGCUGAUAAGUUGGUCUUAUGCACAUCCCUUACUAGUCUGGGCAGCGUGGGGCAUCCUGAGCCUUUGCUUUUACUGCGUUCUGAACUGCCUGUUAUGGCCAAUUCUGAUCGUCCUCUUUUUAGCGCGCCGGAUUCGAUUCUAUGUCUGGGCUGUUGUUGUAAGGUGGCGCAAUUCCAUCUUUUUUUCUGAAGACCUUGAAGCUCGUUUAGCAAAGCAGAUGAGUGCUUCUGAUGGCGCAGUUCGCCUCCCACUCUCUCAGCAAGCUACUAAACGAGGCAACUCUACUGAAAUAUUGUCUUUGCUGGAGAGCCAAGAGAAGCUUUUCUUUUCCAUGCCAUGGAUGGCGGUAACAGGUUUCUCUUACUGCGAAAGACUAACAUAUCAAGAGCUCUGCAUGGCUGUCACCCAGAAGCUCCUUAAGCCCAAAAGCGAAUAUGCGCGCUUAGCUAGCUGCAACGGGAGUGAUGCCUUGCUGAGCCAUUUACCAUUGUCGGCGUUUCUGCAUCCGCGGCUUCUCGCGAAAGUUGAUCGGGUGAUGGGGAGAUACUGCUGGGUUCGGCAGCCAGGUUUCCACGUGACGCAGCAGGUUGUGCGCUUUACAAAGAAAUCCAUCGACGUCUUCCGCCAACAGUGCUUUGGUGACGAGCAGGGCAUGCAGGAUAGUUGCAACCCAUUGAAGUGUUCCUGUUCAUGCAAGUCUGCAGCAGACUGCAAUUGUUUAAUGGACGAAUCAGAUGUGAUAUGCUUGGUCAAUGGGGCGCUUUCGCAGCCUCUGGACCCGACGAAACCCCUCUGGCAGUUCCUCUAUCUAGAGAAUGUCAUUGUGCCCCCGGAUCCUACAAGCAAUCCCUUAGAGAAGGAACGCAUUGGAAGUGUGGUCGUGUUCCGCAUGCACCACGUAGUGGGUGACGGGAUAUCCAUCACGCGCAUGUUUUUGAAGGACUUCCUGUGUUCAAUGCCGUCAAGCCCAGGGGGUACGAUCAUCGAGAAGCCCAUGGCCCACAAAGAAAUGGACGACAAACCAACCCCGUCAGAAAAGAGUGCUCCUGCUGAGGCCAGUGGGGAAACCUGCCAUGGCCAGAGGCCCCUGGAAGAAACAAAUGAUACAGAAGACGCCGUUAAGACGCUUGAAAAUGGUAGCCCUGCAAUCGCUGCCAGUACAAGUACUAUGUGGACAGCAUCAGGCCCUUCGCAAAAGGCUUCAACUGAGGCAAGCGACGCGAACGAGAAGCUCUCACGUCCGGCGCAGGAAGCAUUGACAUUCCCAGGCACUGUUCAAGCAGUGGCCCCUCAGAAGCCACCCGUCUCUGUCUGCUCUGUUCCCGACACAGCCUUUUGGAGGCUGUUAGUGGCGGCCCGUUUCGCUUUCCAGCUUCCAUUUUAUGGAGCAGCUAUGGCUAUGCUGCUGAGUUAUGACGGGCUACUAAAGGCUCCUCGGAGCGGCAGUGCGCACAAAACAAGGAUUUCUCACCCCAUCCGUCUACCUUUAAAAGAGCUAAAGGACGUUAAGAGCCGCCUUGAGGUUGUCCUGGCUCACCAGCAGGCGACCGUUGAGUCGCCAGUUUCUCCGUUUCCCAGCUUGACUAAAUUGCUUUCCCGGGUUUUUAGGUCUUCUAAGGGUUCUGAGGGGAAGCCCCACCUGCCCGAGAAACAGAACGGCCAGGGAGCAGCCACAGUCACUACGAAAUGCGCCAGAGCAUCAAGCGGUGCCCAGGAAGGUAUGAAAACUGUUCGACUGACUCUUAACGACAUAUUUGCUACGUGCAUUGUGGGAGGGUAUCAUCGCUGCACAAGUCGGCCGAAAAUCGGGACAGAUUCCAAUGGAACUGAUGACACAAAGGCCGCAACGCAACCUCCGAGUACUAAUCGCAGAAAGGAACAAAUAAACUUUGUAGUGCCUGUGAACCUCCGUCGGCGUGAUGAGGAUGCGAUGGAUCUCCGGAAUCGCUUCGCAAUGCGUGGAGUCCAUGCGGCACUAAGGCGGUCACUGCGAAGCUUUGCCCUACCGAUGGUCAUGUGCCUAGAACGCUGGCUUUACGCCACUUGGCCCGACUUGCUGAUGGCUUACUUUCUUCGUCUAACGCAUAAGGUGGGUGUGGGCGUUUCGGCUUUCUCCUGCGGGGGAACAGUGAGCAUCUGCGUCUCAGCAGACGAAUCUGUGGUGGAGGAUCCUGCUAUUUUGCGGCAGUGCAUCCUUGACGAGUACGAGUCCUUACGAGAAGCCUGCAGGGAGUUUGACUCACACCAAGCUUAG